AUGAACAGAGAUUGGUUAUAUUUUUCCGAGGAAGAAAUCAAAUGCAAUAUAAAAAAAGUGUACCAAACAUUUUCCGAGGCUGAGUUACUAAGAUGGAUAAAAGACAGCAGUCUUUUCCUACUUAAGCAUGAAGAGGCAUGGUCUACGAAAAUGAUGAACUCUCUGUUUCGAUUUAGGCACGUAAUUAGUUGUACCUACACGGAAAAUCCGAUAGUGUUGGAUACUGUCAAGACAUCUUAUUUUCAGAUUUUUCUAAACAAUAUCGAUUACGUAAUUGCUCUUCGAACGUUUGAAUAUUUGUUAUCCGAUAGUCCUUUAUAUGGGACUUUGUGUUAUAUUCCAAGUAUCCAUGACCAACACAAAAAAGUGCUUUUGACUAUCAGUAGAAAUUUGGGAAGCAACGAGUUGAUCAAAACAAAUACAAUCAAUUUUCUGAAAAUUUAUCUCAUUUCAUGGAGCAAUUUUCAUCGCUCAUUAACAUUGCACUUACUAUGGGUUUACUUCUUCGUAUCUCGAAGUUUGUCAUCCAACGAUCUGGAUCUUAUCAAACUGAAACUCCAUGUUUCUGUUAUUACGAGCAAAGUCCUAGAGUACUGCGGUUGCAGUGAGGCAUCUGAGGCUUUAGCGAGAAAGUCAAUUGUUGAUUUUUCUGAGUUGAUCCAGUUAUACAACCGGGAUAAAAGCUUGGCGCCAGCUGAACUAAUUCCUAUAUUUCAUGUAGCUGCUAUUGAACUAUCUUCGCUUGUAUUCAAACGAUCGGUCUUUGAAUCUCGUAAACGUCCGCAAGGUUAUCUUCGACCAAAAGUAAAAGUUGAAUUCGCCACAAUUUUACAACAUUCUUGGCCAAGAACACAAACUGAACGCUACCUCAGUCAAUUACUUCCUAGCUCUUCCGCUCAAAUACUAGCCAUUCUUGAAGCUUUAAGUUUAAAUCCUGGAGAGAGAAGAAGUCUGAUCACUCCGAAGCCACCUGUAGAUCCAUCAGAUUGGGAAAUGUCAGAUGUUUACUGUGAACUUUUUAUUGCAGCACUAGAGCUAAUUUAUCCCAAUACAUCCAGAAAGUUGGUACCAAAUUUUACAACAGGAGCCCGUGUAAUGCGCAAAGUACCAUCAGAUAGAGAAAGAAAUCCAGAUAAUGUAACUUAUCAUACAAUAGCGUUAAAUGAUAGAAAUGCUUUAAAAUGGACGCAACUAGAUUUAUUGCAUCAUCAGUACAAUUAUCGAAAGUUCAACGUUAAAGGUGAUUCAAGUGAUAAUACAUCAACGACCCCAUCAAACAUAUCAACAAUUUUGAGUUGUACAAUCGACAGUCUGAUGAAAUUGAUCCAAAUCCUGUAUGCUUGCGCUCAGUAUGAUAUCUUUGAUUUAAUGUCCAGAGAAACACUUUUUGUAUUUCAGGGAAAAUUAUUAGAACUAACCAAAGAAAAUUCACCUAGAGAAUUUAUUCAGCAUAUUCAAGUACAAAUUGAUACAAUAGAAUUACUUCGUGCUUUACAUUCUGCACAUCUAUCAAAAAGAUUGCUAAGUAAAAGUGAGACAAUGGAAGAUGUGAACUCACAGGAAGUUCGGGUAGUUAACUCAAGUAAAAAUUCGACACAACAGGAUACAUCGAAUUUGAUGAUGGACUCAUUAGACAAUGAAAAAGAAGUGAAUUUAACUCGGCCAACACAAGAUCAAACAUUUAUUCUAGAUUUUUUACCUAAAGGAAUCCUUAAACUGGUAGAAAAACUGGAAGGUUUAAUCAGUAAAAGGAUGAGUUUAAAUAGAAUAAAACAUGAGUAUUUCGAUGGAAAUAGAAGCAAAUUUCUCGGACUUCUUUAUUUAUUGAGUCUCAUAAGAACUACAGUUGAAUGGCUAAAUAUUGAUGUAGCAGACGGAUUGAUGUCAGCUAAUCUGGCAUUCUACACAAUAUGGAUUAUGGAGUUAUUCGAGCAUAAAAUGUUCAUUUUUCACAACUCACCGGAAGCAUCAAAUCGGCAGUUAUCAAAUAACAAUGUCAAUAUCAGGGACGUGUUACAGGCAUUUGAUUUACAACUAAAACUGAAAGAAUCUCGAGCCUCCAGAGAAUUCAAUAAAUGUGAUCAGUCCACGGUAUGUAUAAUUGGUGACUGGACUAGUAUAUGGAAAAAAGUGAAAGGUGUGAUUGAUUGGGCCCGAAGUACAAUUAACGAGAGAGUGAUUCACCUGCAAAUUAAUCAGCCUCAUAACUUGGAACUUAACGCUCUAUCAGAGAUACAAGUUGAAUUGCUUUGGUUCGAAUACACAGUCCGUUGGAAGCUUCGAAACUUAGAAUGGUUAGCAUGGUGUGAUUCAAAUGAAUCAACAAAUGAAAAAGUUGAUAAAAAAAUUGAUCAAAUGAAUGAAAAUCUACUUAAAGAAUGUGAUCGAAAUCCAAUUUCAAAAGUUUUUUAUUAUUGUCUAAAAGCAGAAACUGAAGUGAACGAUGAAAAGGCUAAAAAAUACUAUCAGACUGCUGAGAAGUUCUUGUUUACAAAAUGGCAGAAUGAAACUUAUGUUAUUAAGAACACUGGCACUACCUGUACACAUCCAUCAGAGGAUUUUAGUGAGUCAGAAAAUGGUACUAUUCUGUCUGAUCGACCACCUCCACCAAUAUUAGUUGCUAAAUGUGAAAAUUCAAUGGUAUUUAAGGCUCAGAAGUGGAUUCCACCCACUAAAGAAUCGGUUUAUUCCUACGCACUAUAUGGAAAACAAACAUUUGUAGCCAACCAAAAAGUUCAUAUUACUGACAAUAAACUAACAAAUACAGGAAUAAUGGUGAUCAAUAAUGAUGGCUCCUGCUUCCUAAAAGUUUCAAAUCUAGUGCCAAAUAAAGAGUAUGCUUUCGCUGUUGCAGCAUAUAAUGAAAAAGGUCAACCGUUGGGCUCACAUAAAUUUGGUUUAGGUCAGAGUACAAAACCAAUACUGGCAUCGUCUACACUAUGCAACUAUGCAACACUAUGCCAUUUGAUACAAUCGGGAUGUCGACGUGAUCUAUUCCAAUGCCUCAGUGUUCAGUCGACUGAUAAAGUGUGGGAAUAUUUAACUACGAAGUAUGACACAUUAAAUAAUACUAAAUCAACUCAUUUAACUGGUUUAAGGCUGAAAGAUUCAGAUGCUUUUCACUGUUCAAACAUACUUCUGAAGCAAUUUACAACCUGUAUUCUAUGGCAGUGCUUACACAUUCAAAAAUCUGAAAAUCUACGCUCAAAUAAUUCUGAUAACAAUAAUAUUUACCUACUUAAUACACAAAUUAAAAAAUUGCAUUUAUCCGAAAAACUAUUAAUCGGUUUGGAAUUGAGCGCCAAAUUGAAUGACGUUCAACUUCUACUAGACUUUGCUAGUUUAAUCUAUGAAACACUUGAGUACAACAUAAACAUGAAUUCUGUUACAACGGACUAUGCUAAGAUCCUAAUACAAUCAGUAACCAUACUACUUGGCGUUAGAAAGUGUUUUAAGAAGUUAAUAUUACUUGAUGAAACAUUAAACUCGAAACUGACUAAAACAAUAGUCAAAUUCACAUUUGGAUGUGUUCAAGUUCUUGAGACACUGAAUGAAUUAAAAGGUGUAAUUGCUAUUUUGAAAAAUGUAAAGGCGGUAUUAAAUCAAGUCAUUAAAGAUGUAAAACCAACUGUAAGUCAAACUACAAGAAAAAGAAUUUCGCAAGUAAAAUUAAAUUCAAACUUCUCAACUAAAGGUGAACGUAAACAAUCAGUGCAAAAUCUGGAUGAGCUAGACGAAUUAAAUUUAGUCAUUAGAACUAUCGACGCCUAUUCUUACUUGGUUACAGCAAAGCUAAGUCCCCCAAAAGUGGAAUUAUUUGGUUAUGAAGACCCUUACCAAGCAAUCGCAUGUAUGGCUACAAAGCCUCUUAAAACAGCAAUCAAAGACGUGAUGAAAUUCAAUCGGCGCACGAUAUUUCUACAAUUAAUCAAUAUAAUUAUAGAAAGAGUGAAUGUUAACCAGACAGAUUUGAUUCUACCCUGCAUUCAAGAAACACAAAUAUGGUUAAAUCAUCGUGAUCAAGUUCUGAUUAAAGCUUGUCAAUCUACUGAAUGUUCAGAUACUGCUAAAUUUAAUGAUAAUGGGAAUGAUAAGUCAAAAUUGGCAGUUUCUCCACAAGAAAUGAAUCACCUUUGCAGUGUGGUAACUGAUUAUCAUAUGCGUAAGGUAAGACGUAUAAAACUAAGGAAUUUGUGUCAAGAAGAAUGGACACAACGUUCAAAGUUUAACCUUUCGCGAGCACAAAUUGAAGUGGAUGAACUAUGGAGAAAAUGGCAGCCUAUUAUUACCCAUAAUGAAGUGUUGAUUAAGAGAAAACAUGGGAGUGGUUCACAUACUACAAAGACAAUGUUAUCAUCGAUUAUGAUCAGUCGCUAAUUGGGAGCCUGCUGAACAAACCCAUCCAAACCACCUUCAGGAAAUCAAUAAGCAAUAUUGAUCGCAGGAAGUUGGACAGGCUUGUUUAUAAAAUACCCCAAGGAAGCACAGCGAUUAGUAAGUCACGUUUAGUCAUAGAAAUUUUCACAUAAUUCUCGGUGAAAUAGUUUGCUAUGGCGGUAGGUUCAAUUGAGAACUUCGAAAGAGGACUCCUAACAGUUUUAUACGCAGUUGUAAGACAAUACAUGUAUUACGUUAUACAAGUACUUUGAUGAUUCAACAUAACUAUGUUUUAUCGCGGCGAAUAGACUGUUAUGACAGUAAACAUACGCCAAUAUUAAAAAGAAUGCCUCGUAUGAACGAAACUAUAUUUAAAAA